UCCUGCGACGAUAUCUGUUCCCACGCCUACGCAUCGUUGUCCGAGGGGGACAUCAACGGCGCCGAGGUGGAGUGCCCGCUGCACGGCGCUCUCUUCAACAUCACGACCGGUGAAGCUCUUACGCCGCCAGCCGAUGCGCCAAUCAAAGGUUUACAAGGUGCAGGUCGAAGGCGACGACAUAUACGUUGCUCCCCCCGAGGAUUAGCGCCGACAGGCCCGGACCAGACCUUCACGGAUGGAACUGUGAAAGCCGGGAACGUGAUUGUUCCUGGCUUUUUUGUUCCACAUUGCAAGGAGUCGCGGAGACUCUCCAACGGAAUCACGCACAGAGUUUCCUCAAUGCGACCUCAUAAUAUGCACAUCCUCCCAGGGCCAGUAGAUGAGCCAGACCCGGCCAACGAUAUUGGCCUCAGGCACUACUCCCCAAGCCCGCGAGUCGUUGCUGUUGCGCCGAUUGUCUCCUAUGACGUAGUACUCUUUCUCGCGCAAAGCCAACCGGCGAGCACUGGAACGGUCAACCCGUUCCAGGUACGGUUCGCGCAGGGGCGUUCCGUCUAUGUGAACAGUGCCUGA